UCUGAGCUAGCUUUGGGGCUUUUGGUUUCUUCUUUAUUUAAUUUUUAAGUAUUAACUUACAAAAUGUCUAACGAGGACACUCUAGAUUUAAUUUACGUGAACGAGUGCUUUAAAAAAAGUCUGAAAGACGACGACGAUGUGAUUAUAGAGGAUUAUAUCGACGGUUACAACGAACUCGUAAAGUUUCUCAAUUUAAUAGGGUCAGUUUUCUCGUUUGUGAGCAGCGAUGUCAAAAGUAAAAUAAAAGUAAUGGAGAAAUUAAGAUCGGAAGAGGACUCUAUUUAUUACGAGUCCUACAAGAAAAUGAUGAAGUAUGAGAAAGAAAGCAAUUUAUAUGAGAAGAAGGGGUUUGUGUCGGGCUCGAGGACUAUGCUGCGACUUCAUAGGGGCCUAGAUUUUAUACGGCUAUUUCUAAAACGUCUAAGUGAAGAGAAUGAAAACUUGGACACUUGUGCAACUUGCCAAAACUCAUACAAUGAGACAUUAGCAGAGUUUCAUCCCUGGUACAUAAAGAAAGCAGCAAUAUUGGCUAUGUAUGCACUUCCCUCUAAACAAGAUUUAAUGAAAAAGAUAUUCGGCUCAGAGGACAAGCUAUCAGAAGCCCUAGCGAUACUGCCGCAGACUCUACAGUCAUGUGACGAGGUAUACCAGAGAGUUCAGCAGUUAUACACAGACUUUGACUUCCACGGCCUACCAUAGACAAAGGCUUAGUAAAGUAGCCCAUUCGAUAUCCUGCAUAAGCCGGUGAACUGCCGUGAAUGGGCCCUAUAAGAAGAUUUGAGAAAGGUUUUUUCUUUCGAAAGAAGAGAAAAAUAUAGUUGUAGACUCGCAGCUGACUCGCCCAAUUUUUGCCACAUUGAUGGGCCUUUAAAAAUAAUCGGAAAAACAAAAAAGCGUAAAAAUUAACACAAAUUAUAAGACAAUAAUUAAAACUCUAGGGCUUAGUUGGCGAUGAAUUCACAACUUUGUAUUUUACUUUAGAUCAAGAACUUUUAUUCUCUCAACAAUAUUUUUGUCUUUCUUCGAAAGAAAUAAACGUUUCUCAUAUCGUUCAUACCCAGAGAAAAACUAUCUUCAAAAUUUUAUGCCAAAUCAUUUAAGUUGGCACUUGGCAGCAAAAGACAUAACCAAAAAACUUUAUAAUCUGUAAUUGUUUUAAAUAAUGGAUCAGCUCAAUUUACCCAUGGCUCAAUAUAAAGAUCCGUUCCAACUUAAGCUAUCUGCACCAAGCUAAUAUAUUAUUCUCUUCCCAUUAGAUAUUUUAGGACGCUGAAAAUGGAACUUAGGGCCUAAUGAAAUAUAGUUAAAGAUAGAACAUGUAUGUAUUCGAUUUUCAAAUAUUUUGAUGUUCGAUUUUUUUUCUGCUGUGAAGUUUUCUGAAAAUAUAUUCUCAAGCUAUGAACAAACAUAUAAAAGCACAUUUAAAUUGUACCACCUAUAAUAUGUAUGAGAGAGUAAGACCACAGCUCAAAAUGUACCAGCUCAGAUAUUAACAUAGCAUUUUGUAGUUUUAUAAAAACUUGUAUGAAUUUUAAAAUAAGCUUAUGAAUGUCUUGUAUGAAGGAUAAAAUGCAGGGUUACAUAAAGGGCGACUAACCCAAAAAUCAAACAUCGUCCUUUUCUCUUCACACUC